AUGGGAAUACCAGAACCCAACAUAGGCAUGGAGGCAGGCAUGGAAAUGAAAUCAAGAGAAGAUUGUGCCCCAAAGAAACCCGACGCUGUUCAACAUUUCCACAAUUUUAGCACGGCUAAACUGGAGCUUACGCAGCUGCAGGCGUACACUGAGUACGAGGUGUGCGUGAUCGCAUACAACGAGGCAGGAGACAGCGAGAAGUGUCAAGUGUUCAAGACCCUACCUGACGAAGCUCCUGGACCUGUGGAGGAGUUGACCUCUUCCACGACGUCCACUUCCAUCAGCCUGCGGUGGAGGAAACCUUGUCCUCCCAUGGCCGCCAUCAGCGGCUACCGCGUCAAGGUGGCUACAGUCACUCACUACAUCCAAGCGUCGGGGUGCAGCGACAGCGCAGCCCACUUCUGCCACACCAUCAAGGAACUACAACCUGAACGCACCUACAACAUUGAGGUACAAAGCUGCACCGCUGACGCCUACCGCGCAUGUUCUGCUGCUACGGCGACAGCCGUCACAACAGAACCAGCAGUAUCCUGCACCGCAGAGGAGCUGCAGUGCGGCGCCCUUUGCCUCCCACUCUCCGCGCGGUGCAAUGGCGCCUCAGAGCGCGACGACGGGGAGGACGAACUCAACUGCCCAGGAAGCUGUGCAUCAAAUCAGUUUCAUUGCGACGACGUUUGCUUCCCCCGCAAGAUCUUAUGCAACGGCCGGACUGAGUGCGACGACGGGACCGACGAGGCCAAUUGUGCAGGAGGGCCGAAGUCCCGCUGUGACGCCCCCUUGUGCGCGUGCUCCGUGCCCGGCAUGGAACGCGUGUGUUUACCAUGUCACGAGCUGCACAACGUAACGGACACGUGCCAUAAAUUGACAAAUUUCCUCACGUCAGAGUCCGGGAAGCCUCUUUGCUCCGUGAGAAAGGCGGCAGGUGUGGACAUCAAUGUACUAGCCUGCGGAGGUCAAGGUCUGCAGCUGACCUGCAUCCAACAGAUGAAGGUACCUGUGCUGACGGUGGUCCUGGCUGAGUGCUGGGGCAGUGCAACCCUCGCUCUCAGUUCCGUUGAGAAGGGCCUUCCUGCCGUGAUUGAUUCGUAUUUUCAUUUGUCCUGCGCAGUUUGUGGACGGAAGCCGCGCUACUACAGAAAAGGGAGAAAAUUACCGCUGGGCGAUUUUCGCGCCCGGCGCAACCUCUUCCCGUGGCUGCUGGGGCUCAAGAAGCGGGAGCGCUACGAGUGCAGCGCCACUCUUAUCAGCGACUCGUGGCUGCUGACGGCAGCGCACUGCGUCGCCCGUUCGCUGGAGAGCCAAAACGAGACAAUGGACCCUCGUGACCUGAAGGUGCAGCUCACACCAGAUCCACGCGACGACAGAUACGUGACGAAAAUAAUACUUAAUCCUGACUACAAGCCUGGCAAUAUUCCGCUCAACGACCUCGCUCUCGUGAUGCUGGAGGAACCAAUGAUCUUCAGCGAGACAAUGUACCCCGCUUGCAUAGACCUCUACGGGGAAGGCUACCUAAGCUCCUCCACAGCCCGGCGAGCUGGCUUACAUCAAAAAGAAAACAAGAAGCUGGUUGGGGGUUCUUCAGGAGGGCCGUACAUGCAGAACCUUGGUCCGGACGCCGAAGAGAGCUGGGCUGUGUCCGGCGUGGUGUCCGCCUCCGUGGACAGAGAAGGCUGUGAUCAGCCAGUGACCAUUUACACCGCUGUCCAUCCUUUCAAAGAGUGGAUAGAAAACGUGGUUGAGAGUGGUCAAUAAUGGUCGAAGAGCAAAGUCUGACUCGUUGCCUGUUUCGCACAUGGCGGACCGUGAUUACAUACCGGAAUGAGCAGGGCACGUUGCCUUGAAGCCUCAAUGACAAUUUUUCCUAAUUAGUUCAUAAGUUUUUAAUAAGUGUUGUUCAUUCGGUCAGAGAAAUACAAUACCUACAGUACGUUUGCUGAUAGGAAACGGUUACUACGUUGAUGAACAAUAUGCGCGAGCAAUCCACAUUAACUGAAUGAUCUACUUCCGUUACCCACUUGAAGAAUUAUAUUUUAGGAUCAGGCUACUAUAUUGUCUUUUGAUAUUAGAAAAACUUAUGUUAUUCUUCUACUACCGAGCGACGCACCGUCCUCGAGAAAGCCAUCAGAAGAAAGAAGUGCGAAGAUCUGGCAACCAAGCGCCGAACUUCUUAGGACUCCAGAGGAUAGAAUUAAGUUACUCAUUAGGCUUUGAGUUUCUAGUUCUUAGAGUUUUACUUUGUGCCCGUUGGCACCUGUUAGCCGAUAACUAUUUUGAUUCACCUAGUUUACUAGUACUUUAGUAACGUCGAGCUAAGCUCCUACACUGCUAUUAGUAAUCACUAUUAUUGUUUAGUCCUCUUUCAUUAUUUUACUUGUGUAAAGAACUAUUGCUCUAUAACACGUUUGCUCUAACAUAAUCGUACCUGCUCCUAGAUUUUUAUCGAGUACCAUUCAUAUUUUUGAAAAGAGGCCGUGUCAGGUAGUAUUGUAACAUUAAGCUAUACGUCACCACCUUUACCUUCUGUAGCAUUACUCACGUCAGCCUUCCGUGACGUCAUUGUAGUAAAUCUAUACAAGCUCCUCAAGCAUCCCAUGAGUCAGUCGCAUACGCAUCCACUUACGUUCUGACGGCUCCGACACUCGCUUGCCUCAAUCCCGAACUUGUCUAUUUAGCUACCUGGUUUAAUAGUGUACUAACACCUCAUCGUGACUUAUCUUGAAUUAUUACUGGUUUAG